AUGUCCAAAAUCACCCCAGAUUAUACUCUAUAUUUUGUCACAGACUCCACUAUGGUCCCAGAAACCUCGACGUUUCUCGACCAGGUGAGAUUGGCUGUGGAGAACGGAGCUACCAUCAUCCAGCUCAGAGAAAAAUCGAUUCUGACAUUGGAUUUCAUCGAGAGGGCACAAAAAGUGCUUGAAAUCACCAGGCCGAAAGGGAUUCCCCUCAUAAUCAACGACCGUGUGGACGUGGCACUUGCUGUUGAUGCUGAUGGUGUCCAUGUUGGCCAGGACGAUAUGCCUGCUGCCACGGUGAGAAAACUUAUUGGCAAAAACAAGAUUUUGGGAGUCUCGUGUGGAAACGUCGCUGAGACCACUCAAGUCUGUGAAGAGGGUGUUGCAGACUAUGUAGGGCUCGGAACUGUGUAUCCUACUCAAACCAAGAAGGUAAAGGCAGUUGUUGGACCAAUUGGUAUUCGUCGCUCUCUUGAAGUGUUAAGCAAGUAUAAAAAAGAAGGCAAAUUGAUCAACUCUGUUGCUAUCGGUGGCAUUAAGCACUCUAACGCGGCCAAGGUCCUCUUCCAAUGCCUGGUUCCAGGUUACGAAAUAGAUGGAGUAGCUGUGGUAUCUUGUAUCAUGGCAGCUACAGAUGCUGGUAAAGCUACACGAGAACUUUUGGCUUCUAUUCGUUCUCCAGUAGCCUGGAAGUGGACUUCGGAAAGUUCGGUACCAUUUGCCUUAGGACUCGUUGACCAGAAGCCUUUGGUGCAUCACAUUACAAACAAUGUAGUGAAGAAUUUCAGUGCCAACGUCACCUUGGCAAUUGGUGCCUCACCCAUUAUGUCCGAACUACCGGAGGAAUUUGGAGAAUUUGCAUGCUUGCCAUCUGUUGCCUUGUUGAUCAAUUUGGGAACACCCUCGACUCAACUCAUGGAGGUAUUCUUGCUGGGACUCAGAACGUACAAUGCACAUGGCAGUCCGGUGAUAUUCGAUCCUGUUGCUGCUGGAGCAUCUUGCGCACGUCGUGAAGCCUGUCGUGUUUUGCUAAAUGCUGGAUACUUUUCUGUCAUCAAGGGCAAUCUCGGAGAAAUCACUGCUUUGGCCCAAUUGGGAAGUGAUGGAUCAAACGAUUCAGAGACGCUCAUGCAAGGCGUGGAUUCGUUAAUUAAGUCAUCUGAUGAUGCAACUGAAGCACUUUGUAAAAAGGUGGCCACCGAAUACCGCUCGGUGGUGGUGGUGACGGGAGAGAUCAAUUAUAUUUACGAUGGAACACAACCACUGGGAGAGGUGCUGAAGGUCAAAGGAGGAAGCGAAUAUAUGGGACUGGUGACUGGAACUGGAUGUUCUCUUGGGAGCACUAUUGCUGCAUACGUUGCUGUUGCCCGUAAACAGAAGCUUGACAUUGGAAAGGCAGUAGUGAGUGCUGUUACAAUGUAUAAUCAAGCAGGUAAGGUGGCUGCGAAAGAUGUCGAGGGUCCAGGUACGUUUAUGGUGCGUUUUCUCGAUGAGCUAGCCAGAGAGUCGAAAAAGGUUAAUUAA